AUGGUUGGCUUGAAGAGGAAGAUCGAUAUAAAGAAGAUAGCGAAGAAAGAUCCACGAGCGGUUACUUUCUCAAAACGUCGUAAGGGUCUUUACAGCAAAGCUUCGGAUCUUUGUCUUCUCUCCGACGCUCAGAUGGUGAUCCUAGCAACUCCGGUCUCUUCGAACUCACACGCUUCUUUCUACAGUUUUGGUCACUCCUCUGUCGAUAGUGUUGUCGAAGCUUUCCUCACGGAUCAGACUCCUCCUCGGGAUGAUUAUGAAAAGUUAGGGUUUUGGUGGGAAGACGAGAGUCUUGCUAACUCAGAGAAUCCGGAGGAGUUGGGAGAAGCGCUUGGUUCAAUGACGAUGAUGUUGCAUGAUCUGAAAGAGUUGGUAAAGCGUCGAGAUCGUGUGGAUGUGAAGAAGGAGAAGGGUGUCUCACACGUAACUUGUCAAGAGCCAACCCUAAUUCAUCAACCGUGUUCUUCAAGUCUAUGCGUUGAUGAUCAAGAUGAUUUAACUGUGAAUGUGCAAGGGUUUCACAACAACAACGAAGAACAAGCCCAUUCUGAAGCAGUAGUAGAUGGAGAUCAGUUGGUGGUGAUCACUAAUAGAGAUUUGUGUGACAACAACAUUCACUUGUCUGAUUUGGAUGAGCAUCAGAUCCUAGCAAUCUCUGACAACACCAACGAAGAACAAACCCAUUCUGAAGCAGUAGUAGAUGGAGAUCAGUUGGUGGAGACUAAUAGAGAUUUGUGUGACAACAACAUUCACUUGUCUGAUUUGGAUGAGGAUCAGAUCCUAGCAAUCUCUGACAACAACAACAACAACAACAACAACAAAAACAAUGUUUUACCUGAAGACUUGAGUUGGUUCAAUGAAGAGCUAGAUAUUGAUCAGUUAAUUGAUUAUGAGAUGAACUUGGAGAUGGAUGGUGAGACGAAGCAAAGCAUGUUCUCUGUUUCUGAAACUGUGGAAGAAGGAGGAGUGAGUCACAAAGAUUUGGAUGAGGACAAUCUUUGCUUCUCUGACUAUUUCAAUGGUUUAACCUCCGUUGCUGCACUUUGA